AGUAACUAAUGGCACGAAAAUCGUUCUCGGUUCCGUUGAUUUUCCCGGCGGCUCUCGUCGUUUCGUUUGCUUUGCUACUCUUUGCUGCUCCAAUAGUGGCCGGCCACGACUACCGCGAUGCCCUCCGUAAGAGCAUUCUCUUUUUCGAGGGCCAACGAUCCGGCAGACUUCCACCGGAUCAACGCAUCAAAUGGCGCCGCAACUCGGCAUUGCGCGACGGCUCUGCUGCCGGCGUGGACUUAACUGGAGGCUACUACGACGCCGGAGAUAACGUGAAGUUCGGUUUCCCAAUGGCGUUUACGACCACAAUGUUAGCUUGGAGUGUCAUAGAUUUCGGGAGAAACAUGGGGCCGGAGUUAAGGAACGCCGUUAAAGCCGUGAAGUGGUCGACGGAUUAUCUGUUGAAAGCAACGUCGAAGCCCGGAGUGGUGUACGUACAAGUCGGAGAUGCGUACUCGGAUCAUAACUGCUGGGAGAGGCCGGAGGAUAUGGACACGCUACGUACGGUGUACAAAAUCGACAAUGCGCAUCCUGGCUCGGAUGUGGCCGGCGAAACCGCCGCUGCAUUGGCAGCUGCUUCCAUUGUGUUCAGGUCACGUGACCCCGCUUACUCCAGGUUGCUCCUCAAUCGAGCCGUCAGGGUGUUCAACUUUGCUGACCAGCACCGGGGUGCCUAUAGCAGCAGCCUGCACGCUGCAGUUUGCCCUUUUUACUGCGACGUGAAUGGCUAUCAGGACGAAUUGCUUUGGGCAGCUGCUUGGUUGCACAAGGCUUCAAGGAGGCGCGGAUUCCGAGAAUACAUAGUGAAAAACGAGGUCGUCUUGAGAGCCGGUGAUACCAUUAAUGAGUUUGGUUGGGACAACAAGCAUGCUGGGAUUAACGUCCUCAUUUCCAAGGAAGUGCUGAUGGGAAAAGCUGAAUAUUUCGAGUCUUUCAAGCAAAAUGCUGAUGGUUUCAUCUGUUCAUUAUUGCCUGGAGUUUCUCAUCCUCAAGUUCAAUACUCUCCCGGUGGGCUGAUCUUCAAACCUGGGGGAAGUAACAUGCAGCAUGUAACGUCACUGUCUUUCCUACUGCUAGCCUAUUCUAAUUAUCUAAGCCACUCUAAGAAGGUGGUGCCAUGUGGUGAAAGAUCUGCCUCCCCUGCCCUCCUCAAACAGUUGGCUAAACGCCAGGUGAACUACAUUCUGGGAGAUAAUCCACUAGGGAUGUCCUUCAUGGUAGGGUACGGUUCACGCUUCCCUCGGAGGAUCCAUCACAGGGGCAGCUCGUUGCCUUCCGUGGCGGCUCACCCUGCUCGCAUCGGCUGUAAAGCGGGAUCUGGAUACUUCUUGACUCCAAACCCGAACCCGAAUUUAUUGGUGGGAGCAGUGGUGGGUGGACCAACGUCGGAUGCUUUCCCGGAUUCGAGACCUUAUUUUCAAGAGUCGGAGCCCACAACGUACAUCAAUGCGCCGCUGGUGGGGCUCUUGGCAUUCUUUUCAGCGCACCCUUGAAAGUAUUUCCCCCUCCCAAGCAACGGAUAUGAAAGGAUGAUGAUGAUGAAUUGGAAGUGGUGUGCGAAAAUGGUCACCCUGCCCUGUUAUCGUGAAAUGAAAAAGAUUCCGAUUGUUCCCAAUUAACGAAGAAAGUUGAAGCUGUACAAUAAAGAUUGCGUCUUCUUUUCUUUUGAGAGCAAAGCUCAAAUGUCAUUAUCAAGUUUCAAAGUAUGUUUAGAAUGUA